AUGGUAAAGUGUGCAGUAAACGCAACAAGGUUCUGCCACUUGAAUGGUUCGUGGGACAACUACACCGACUACACGACCUGCAAAGAUCUCAACCAAAUGCCUGAGAUAGAGCCUGGCAUAGAAGUGGCAACUAUGAUCUACUCCGGUGGAUAUGCACUCAGUCUAGUGGCACUUCUCAUAGCUGUUUGGAUAUUCCUUUAUUUCAAAGACCUGAGAUGCUUGAGGAAUACGAUCCAUACGAAUCUGAUGUGCACCUAUAUAUUAGCUGACUUCAUGUGGAUACUAAACAUUACGUUACAGAUGUCGAUGCCAGCUAAUAUGACAGCUUGCUUCAUUUUGGUUGUGAUGCUUCACUACUUCCACCUUACCAAUUUCUUCUGGAUGUUCGUUGAGGGUCUUUAUCUGUACAUGCUGGUGGUGGAGACAUUCUCAAGCAAAAACAUCAAACUCAGAGCUUACAUAUUUAUUGGAUGGGGUGUACCUUUCAUAGUAAUACUGAUAUGGAGUCUUGUAAAGACCAUAUCACCGUCCAGUUCUGAUAGUCAGAGUCAACUAAGUAUCUACUCAGGGAAUUGUCCCUGGAUGACAUCUCAUCCUCACGAUUGGAUAUAUCAGGGCCCAGCUGCUCUGAUACUCGUCAGUAAUUUCAUAUUCCUCAUUAUGAUAAUGUGGGUCCUCAUCACCAAACUCCGUUCAGCUAACACAGUGGAGACGCAGCAAUAUAGGAAAGCAACCAAAGCCCUGUUGGUGCUCAUACCUCUACUGGGAAUCACUUAUAUCCUGGUGCUAUAUGGACCUACAGAGGGAGUUUCUGCCAAUAUUUACGCUUAUUUGAGGGCUAUCCUACUCUCUACACAGGGUUUUACGGUAGCCCUUUUCUACUGCUUCCUGAACACCGAAGUCCAGAAUACGCUGAGACAUCGGAUGGAGAGAUGGAAGGAGUCGAGAGAACUGGGAGCUGGAGGAAGGAGAUAUACUUACAGCAAAGACUGGUCUCCCAAUACACGCACUGAGAGUAUAAGACUCUACAGUUCCCACCACAUCCUGUCGCACUACAAGAAGAGAGAAUCGACAGCCAGUGAAACGACAACUCUGACCCUGAUUGGAACGACAACUGGAACCAGGGUGUCCAACGGCUCUAUGGCCCCUGGCUUCAUGGUCAGGACAUCUGCCAGUCCUUAUCUCGAGACGUCUUUGGAUAAUGUCGUGUAGAUUGGGAGAAAUGUAU